UUAUUCAAAGGUCACUUUCCCAUAUACACAAAGAAAAUUAAAAGAAUCAAAUAGCCUAAAGUUGACCAAUUAAAAUUAUAACACAACAAAAUGUAUCAUACCUUUCAAUUUCCAAUUCCAACAUUGAUAUUCCAACAACCCUUAAACUCCAAACACUUUUUAAGUAUAAGGUAUUCGAUUGAUCGAACAUAGUGAUUCUAGAGUGAGUUUGGUGUGGAAGGAUUUUCGCUCAACGGAAAAAUGACAACUCUCACUUUCUUAUUGUGUUUUCUACUCUUAGUUCAUCCUUCUUCGUCUUCGUCUUCGUCUUCGCCUUAUCUAUAUCCGUCAACGUUUUCCAUGAACUAUAAUAAGAUGCUUACGAGUUUCAAAAUUUUCAUAUAUCCAACGAUUCAACGAAUUAUAUUUUUUAGUCCGUCAGCUUCAAUUUUUUACGAAUCUCUCUUUAACAGCGCGUUUAUCACUCAGGAGCCUGAAGAAGCUGAUCUGUUCUUCGUGGUUUUCUCUCCGGAGAUAUCUAGUCGUUCUCAGGCGCGGCUUGUUCGUGAGCUGAGAACGAAGUAUCCUUACUGGAACCGGACGUUAGGAGCUGAUCAUUUUUUUAUCUCACCGGAAGGAAUUGAUUUUUCUUCUGAUAGAAAUGCACUUGAGCUGAAGAAAAAUUCAGUUCAGGUUUCGGUUUUUCCGACUGUUUCAGGUAAGUUUAUACCUCAUAAGGAUAUCAGUUUGUCUCCGGUGAGUAAAUCCUCUCUCGUCCUGUCCCACGCGCCGGUGAAUAUGGAUCGUUCGUGUUUAGGUUAUCUGAAAUGGGACGGGAAGACGGAGGCGGAGUUGGUGGAGGAGUUGAGGUUGGAUUCGGAGUUCGUUGUUGAAACUGAGCCGUUGGAUCAAUUAGGAAGAGUGAAGAGUAGUAAGUUUUGUUUGUUCUUCUACGAAGCUGAAUCGACGUUGGAUUUGACGGCAGCAAUGGCGGUGGGAUGUGUUCCGGUAGUGAUUGUUGACCGUCCGGUUCAGGAUUUUCCGUUGAUGGACGUAUUGAGGUGGUCGGAAAUGGCACUAUUGAUCGGGAACCGCCGUGGAGGUCAGGGAUUGAAGGCGGUCCUGAGCGGUGUGCCGGAGGAUAGAUAUGAGCGGAUGAGGGGAGUGUGUGUAGCGGCGGCUCACCAUAUGGUGUGGAACGCGGAACCUCAGGCGUAUGAUGCUUUUCAUAUGGUGAUGUAUCAGCUGUGGAUGAGACGGCAUACGAUUAGAUACACUCGGAGGGAAGAAUUUUAGAGUUGAAAAAUUCAAUUUCUUUUGCUUGUAGAAUUAGUGCAUGAUUAAUAAUACUAUAAUCCCAAUUAACGGGUCAAUAAAUUGUAAUGCUGCCUUUAUAAUGAUUGUAAUUUGUUUACUCCCUAAAAGGACAUGUUUAAAGUAGAUCCUUGUGCUAUGUUCGUUGA